CUUGUUUUCCUCACCGUACUUGGAAAGAAUGUACUCUUCGUGAACUCCUUCAAAACGGCGAACGACCUCUUCGAGAAACGCUCUUCAAACUACUCCGACCGCGCUGAAUCAACACUGGGCACUCUUGGAAUCGCAAUCUCAUCCGCCGGAUUUUUCUCUUCAGGGGACCGCUGGAGAACUCACCGCAAAAUGUUCCACCAACAUUUCCAACAAUCCGUUGCUCACACUCACUGGCCGGUCCAAAGACGUGAAGUCCACGCACUUCUUCGGCGACUCCUCAAUUCACCACAAAACCUUAUAAAUCAUCUACGUCAUAAUUCUGCUGCUUUUAUUAUGGGCGUCGUCUAUGGUAUAACCGUCGCUCCGGAAAACGACCGUUACAUAACGAUCGCGGAAAAGGCCCUUGAAGGAAUGUCAAAGGCGGCGAACCCGGGCGAAUUCCUUGUUGACAUCAUUCCCAUUCUGAGGUACAUUCCCGAAUGGGUUCCGGGGGCGGGUUUCCAACGAAAGGCCCGUGAGUGGCGGGAAGCUGUGAUGGAAAUGAAGGAUGCGCCAUACGCUGCUGUCCAGACUGCUUUGGUAUAUCUCCACCUCGCCACUCCGUCGUUUGUGACGAAAAUGAUCUCUGAGUUGGAGACUCAACAAAACUCAGAGAGCCGGCUUGAGAUUCUCAAAGGGUGUGCGGGGCUCGCAUACGCAGGUAACGUCGGUGUUACCGUCUCCAUGCUUUCCUCUUUUAUUCUGGCUAUUGUCACCCACCCUGAAGUGCAGGUUAAAGGACAACGCGAAAUCGAUAGCGUUGUUGGUCAGCAACGACUUCCAGACUUCAACGACCGACCUUUUUUGCCCUAUAUCACUGCCAUUGUCAAGGAAGUUUUAAGGCAUGUAUUUUUUCUCUAUCAUCCUUUGUGUCCGGCUUAUGCCUUCUCCAGGUGGAGUCCGGUUGCUCCGCUCGGCCUUCCUCACAUGGUCACCCAAGAUGACGAGUACAAUGGAUAUUUUAUUCCUUCGGGCACAUUGGUAGUCGGAAAUACAUGGGCAAUUCUUCAUGACCCAAAAACAUUUCCUGAACCAAUGCGCUUCAAUCCUGAUCGUUUCAUGGACACAGGCAUCGACGGACAACAAUUCUCUCCCAUGGACCCCCUCUCCUCGGCAUUUGGAUACGGACGCCGGAUUUGUCCUGGACGCUAUAUGGCCGAAGCCCAAGUCUGGCUCUCCGUUGCGUGCAUGCUUAGCGUCUUUCACAUUGGUCCCGGAGUUGAGAGAACGGGCAGCCCGAUCAAGACCACUCCAGCCUUUUCCUCAGGUUUGAUUUGUCACCCACUUCCUUUUGAUUUUUCGAUCACGCCGAGGGGGGAUUAUGUCAAGACUUUAUUGGAAGAGAGCAAACCUGAACAUUAG